CUGAGAUCUGAUCUAAUGCCAAGUGCCACAAGACUGAUCGCAUUGUUGGCCAGACUGAUUGGGGUUUCAACACAAUCUCCCGUGACCAAUGAGCGGGGUGCUGUCAGGGGUAACCACAUCUGUCAGGCGUUCUCGGCCAAUAAAGAGCGGAGCGAGGCGGACCACAGGUGCGCGCCUCUGCGUCCCCUUGGCACAGCGCCCGGGAGAUGCUGGAGAGAGACGACUAUAGUUGCCCUGUGGCGCAAAGAGAGUUCCUGUCAGAGGCAGCUUCCCUCUUUAACUCCGGCUAUCACUCUGGCUCCGAGAGAGUUUAUGGCGACCGCAGCGUCCAACCACUACAGCGUCCUCACCACCCCCAGCAGCGCGCCGCCGCCGCCGCACUCGGAGUCCGGGAGCAUGCAGCAGGCGGCAGCGUACAGGGACGCGCACACCCUGCUCCAGAACGACUACGGCUCGCUACCGGGCGGUGGGCAUCCGCUCAGCCACGCGCACCAGUGGAUCACAGCGCUCUCUCACGGUGACAGUGGGCCACCGUGGCCGUCCAGUCCCCUCCGAGAGCAGGACGUGAAGCCCAUCCUGCACGACAGUGACCGAGAUGAGCUGCAGAACUCCACCAGCCUGCAGCAACAGCGACACCCUCACCUAGCGCACCAACAGGCGCAUCACGACGCCAGAGCAUGGCGAAACACUACGGCUACGACGCACAUCACCGGCAUGGCGACAUCUGAGGGACAGAGCCUGGUGUACUCCCAGUCCGGCUUUGGUUUGAUGCCGGGGGGAGAGCAAGGAGGGAUGCAUCACCACCCCCUGCGGGACGAAGACCACCACAGCCACAGCCCGCACCUCAGUGAGCACGGGGGCGGCCCCGGGGCCCACCACCACCAGCAGCACGGGGGCCAUCAGGACCAGUCGGACGAGGACACGCCGACCUCGGAUGAGCUGGAGCAGUUCGCCAAGCAGUUCAAGCAGCGGCGGAUCAAGCUGGGCUUCACCCAGGCGGACGUGGGGCUGGCCCUGGGGACUCUCUACGGGAACGUCUUCUCUCAGACCACCAUCUGCAGGUUCGAGGCGCUCCAGCUCAGCUUCAAGAACAUGUGCAAACUCAAACCGCUGCUGAACAAGUGGCUGGAGGAGGCGGACUCCACGUCAGGGAGCCCCACCAGCCUGGAUAAGAUCGCAGCGCAGGGGAGGAAAAGAAAAAAGCGGACCUCUAUCGAGGUGGGCGUCAAGGGCGCUCUGGAGAGCCAUUUUCUGAAAUGCCCCAAACCCGGAGCGGCUGAGAUCAACUCCCUGGCGGACAGCCUGCAGCUAGAGAAGGAGGUGGUGAGGGUCUGGUUCUGUAACCGGCGGCAGAAGGAGAAGAGAAUGACUCCAGCAGGGGGACAGAUACCAGGAGGGGAGGACAUGUACGGGGACACCCCUCCUCACCACGGAGGACAGACUCCUGUGCAGUGACCCCUGUUUAGUGUUCUCACUUUUAUUUUGGGAGAAAACAAGCCUUUGAAGGAGGCGGCUUCUUAUUUGUCAAAUUCAGCUGGAACUGGACUUCAGCCAGUUUUAAGUGUUGGACGUACGCAGGGAUGCAGAGUGGCACCCCGGUGCUAAAAAACACUCAGCAGAGAUGCGUAGAAUGGCUUCACGCCAGGCAGAAUGAGCAAGUGUGGGCUAACCAAAAUGGGGAAGAAAAAUAAAACAGGGGGGGAGAAAAAAAAAAAAAGGCAACGACAUUUUCUGCAAUUUUCCAGCAACACAGGAGGAAAACUAUAGGAACAGGCUGCAGUGGUAAAUAAACGCCAUCUUUCCAUCAUAACAAAAGCGACAGGGAUCCUGCAGCUUUUGGCAAAAGGCUGAAAUGGAAAACACCUGCUGUAGCCCAAAAUACAGGCCACACACUUUAUUAUUAUUACUAUUAUUAUAAUUUAUGGAUAUUAUUUGUCUAUAUUCUAUGAAUUAAUAAUCAAAACAAUAAUGAUAAUUAUAUAAUAAACAAAAAUAAUAGUAAUGGCAAUAACAAUUAUAAUAGUAAUAAUAAUAAUAGUAGUAAUAAAGUGUGUGAUUGUUUCAUUUAUCUGCUUCCGUUUACACUGUGUUCUUUACUGUCGGUUAUAUUUGUACUUUUCCCAAAACGCUGUGAUGAAACAGACCGAGACUGUCCGACUGGAGAAUUCAAAGCAAUCAGGUUUAUUUUAGCCUUUCUCUCUUUAAAAACGAAAAAGGUGGUAAUGGGUGAGAGAUCCUGGUAUGGACUCACCUAUUCACUGAGAAAAACCUGUUGGUUUUUUUGUUUGUUUGUUUGUUUUUUAAGUAUAUAUCCUUACUUUGUUAACUGUAUAUCUGUUUUUGUUUUUUGUUUUUCCAUGUCAAACUGUGCCAAAGCACAAACACAGACACGUGUUCUUGUGCCACCUUAAUCCUGUGAUUAUGAUCUAAUAUGUGAGACAUUUCUGUGGGGAUCUUCUCCAGAAGUUAGAGAUCAAAUCUCUGACGCAGAUUCAUUGAAAUCUUGUAGGUCAGAAACUCAAAUACAGUUGAGGAAUUUUGAUGAUUGCAGAUAAAUUAUUAGGGAAUUUUUAAUUAAUAGAAAUACGAAUUUCGAAUUCCAUUUUGUUGCAAAUCAACUGAAAAAUCGCAAUAUUUAAAAUAUUAACUUGUAACACCAAAUAAUUAUUUUUAUUGUUUUUAUUGGACUUAUAGUAAAAAAAAAAAACAC